AUGUCCACAACAUCCAUGACCAUCACCAAGCGGCCCUGGUCGGCCCGCGGCCACGCCGACCACGACUGGCUCUACACCUACCACACCUUCUCCUUCGCAUCCUACUACGACCCACGCCACGAGUCCUACGGGCCCCUGCGCGUCAUAAACGAAGACCGCGUCAAGCCCGCCACGGGCUUCGGCGCACACUCACACGCCGAGUUCCUCAUCUUCUCGUACAUUGUCAACGGCGUGCUCGAGCACAAGGACAGCAUGGGUAACCUGGAGAACCUCAAGCGCGGCGAAGUCCAGUUUACAAGUGCCGGCACGGGGAUCCGCCACAGCGAGUAUAACCGCGAUCGCAGCGCUGAGUGCCACUUUUUGCAGAUCUGGGCUAAGCCGAAUAAGCGCGGUCUUGCGCCGCGGUACGAGACGAAGAAGUUUAGCGAUGAGCAGAAGAAGGACGCUCUUGUGCGUAUUAUGGAGAGUACGGAGCGGCUGGGGAACGGCACGGAGGCGAUUGGUCUCCAUGCCGAUCUUAGUAUGGAUGCGUCGAUUCUGUCGCCGGGGAAGAAGGUGAGGCAUGAGGUUGUUGCGCAGGGGUUGAGGAAGAUCUUUGUUCAUGUUGUUAUGGGUGGGAGGAAGCAGGGGAAGGAUGGGGCGCAGAUUAGGGUUGGGGAUACGCUGCUCGGUGAGGGGGAUGGCGCGUAUGUUGAUGGUGUUAGUGGGCCCGAGAGUUUGGAGAUUGAGAGCGUGGGGAAGAAACCGGCGGAGUUUUUGCUGUUUGAUAUGGGGACUGGGGAGGCGUAG